AGUCACUCACCCCUCCAGCUCCAAUGGCUUCAUAUAGGUCCGUCGAACCUUCCACUGACGGACACUUCUUCUGACACAUCUCAUCAACACGGCGCUUAUCGAUCUGCACCUGAAUGAUUAAAUGUACUGUCGAUCAGGAAUACGCUAAACUGUUAACAACGAGGAAGUGGUCGGUGGUUUGAGAAGUAUCGGGAGAUGUUAUGACCGGAGAGUACACUAACGAAGCUAUGGAUCGCUGCUCCUCUGCCGGGGUCUGUGGGGGGGUCUGUGAGGUCCACGGUCACCUCAGCCCCCCUCCAGAUGAGGAGACCACCGAGGACUGGCUCCUGGUCUCCUCCGACUCCCUGGGGUCCCGGGGCAUCACCAUGGACCUGGAGGAAGAGGAGGAGGAGGAGCAGAGGGGAGAGCUGGAGGAAGGCCGGCCCCCCAAACUGAAGUCCAAGCUGGUGUCUGCCUGGAACAGUCUCAAAUACGGCUGGACUCUAAAGCAGAAGUCCCGCUUUAGUCAAAGUUCCCCAGUGACCAUACUGGGACACUGCUUCCAGCUCAACCAAUCAGGGGCCCGGCGGCAGUUCCACUGCAGCUUCUCUUCCCUGCUCUGGCUGACCUACCGCCGCGGGUUCCCGCCGCUGGCCGGCUGCUCGCUGACCUCCGACAGCGGCUGGGGGUGUGUCCUCCGAACCGGACAGAUGCUGCUGGCCCAGAGCCUGCUGCGUCACCUGAUGCCUCCAGGCUGGACCUGGUCACAUGGCUACCUGGGGGUCCGUGACGACCUGGACCUCCCCUCCACCCCUGAAGGGGGAGGAGCUCCCUGGACGAGGAGACGGAGCCUGGAGCCCCAGCUGGCGGUGCGGGUGGAGGAGGGCCACCGGCGGGUGGUUUCGUGGUUCGGGGACCACCCCGCGGCGCCCUUCGGGGUCCCCCGGCUGGUGGAGCUGGGGCGCAGCUCGGGGAAGCGGGCGGGGGACUGGUACGGACCCUCCAUCGUGGCUCACAUCCUACGGAAGGCUGUGACGGCAGCAGCUGAUGUUCCAAACCUGGCGGUGUACGUGGCUCAGGACUGCACCAUCUACCUGGAGGACGUGAGGCGGCUGUGCCGGGAGCCCCUCCCCAGAGACGGCUCUCUGCAGGGCAGCCCAGGUCUGGCCUGGAAGUCCCUGCUGGUCCUGGUCCCGGUCCGCCUGGGGGGGCAGGACCUCAACCCCUCCUACAUCUCCUGUGUCAAGAGGCUGUUGAUGCUGGAAUGCUGCGUGGGAAUCAUCGGAGGCAAACCGAAGCAUUCUCUGUUCUUCAUCGGAUUCCAGGGGGACUACCUGCUGUAUCUGGACCCCCACUACUGUCAGCCCACCGUGGACGUGAGGCAGGAGCACUUUCCUCUGGAGUCGUUCCACUGUAAGUACCCCAGGAAGAUGUCCUUCAGCCGCAUGGACCCCAGCUGCACCUUCGGUUUCUACGCCAAGACGCAGAAGGACUUUGGCUCCAUGUGCGCCGCCGUCAAUGAGGCUCUGUCUUCUUGUGAGAAGUACCCCAUGUUCAUCUUCUCUGAGGGCCCCAGUCAGGAGACGUGGGGCCCCUCGGAACCCCCAGACCCCCCCUCCCGGACCAGGACGCCCAGCAGCGGCUGCGUGGAGGAGUUUGUGCUCCUCUGACCUCCAUGAAGGCCGGGAGGUGGAGCAGGAAGUGGAGGAGGAGCAGGAAGUGGAGGAGGAACAGGAAGUGGAGGAGGAGAAGGAAGUGGGGGAGGAGCAGGAAGUGGGGGAGCAGCUAGCGGUGAAGAGGAGGUCCUUCUGGAGAAGCCUGGAGAUCAAAUCGGUGCCAACCGGUGGAGACUGUAGUAGUUUUUAUUGGUGUAUUAUUAUGUUAUGAAAGCAUAAAUAUAGCAGUCGAUGUAAAUCUGACAAUGAAGAGGAUUUUAAUGUAAAUAUCAUAUGUUUUAUAUAUUUUAUUUGCUCUUGUGUUAUUGUUUGCCUUUAAAUAAAUAAGACAUCUUUACGAGAUU